AUGGCCGUACCCACUACUGAGGUUUCCAUACGUAAGCUGGUCACGCCGUUCGAUGCAUCACAGCGGGCUCAGAUCCUCAACAUCCUGACCCGACCCAACCUCGUGAUCCGCCCUUCCCGCUGCACCAACAGCGCCCGCCGUGCAAAAUUCAAUGGCUGGCCUGGAAAAACUGCGUUGCUCUAUAAGUGCGAGGCUCAGCGCUCCAGCUGCGGUCAGUGCCUCAAAGCGCCCGCCGCCUUCGAAUGCGGAUGGUGCACCGAAACCAGGAAGUGUCUCCUGCGCCAACACUGCCCGUCAGCCGAACAGAACUGGAUGCACCACGGCCGGCACAACCUGCGCUGCAGCCACCCGCGCAUCAGCAAGAUUGACCCUCUGACUGGCCCUCGGGAGGGGGGGACACGGGUGACAAUCGAGGGGGAGAACCUGGGUCUGCAGGUGAAGGAGAUCGCUCACGUCCAGGUGGCAGGAGUCCGCUGUAACCCCGUCCCCUCGCAGUACAUCAGCGCCGAGAGGAUCGUGUGCGACAUGGCCGAGGCUCUCCUCCCUCACUCUCCCGGCGGUCCCGUUGAGCUCUGCAUCGGCGUCUGCAGCGCCGAGUAUCGGACGCUGUCCACCCAGACGUACUCCUUUGUGAGCCCCAGUUUCAGUCGUGUCCUUCCAGAGAAGGGACCUGUUUCUGGGGGAACCAGACUGACGGUGACGGGUCGACAUCUGGACGCCGGCAGCACCGUCACCGUUUACAUCGACAAGGAGGAGUGUCUGUUUGUGAAACGCACCAAUCGGGAAAUAAUCUGCAUAACUCCCGCCUCUGUGUCGGGCUCUGGCCCCGCCCCCAUCCGGCUGAUGAUUGACAGGGCCGAGGUGACGAGCUCGGACACCAAAUACAUCUACACCGAGGACCCGACCAUCACCAGCAUCGAGCCCAACUGGACCAUCCUCAAUGGCAGUACAGUGAUCACAGUGACGGGAACCAACCUGUUGACCAUCCAGGAGCCCAAAGUCAGAGCCAAGUAUGGAGGAGUGGAAACCAACAAUGUGAGAACUUUUAACUCUCAAACUCUCAAAACUCAGCAGAGGGGGUCAGAUGCAGUGGAGGGAGAGCAAGAGAGGCGGGAGAAGAGAGGGAGAAGAGAGAUCCGCGUGGAUGGGAUCCCUCCGCCGGCCCAGAAUGCAUUGCUGUAUGAGACGGUGACGGUGGUUGAAGGGAAGCCGAUCCUCAGAGACAUGGUGUUCAGUCCAGAUCAUCAGUACAUCUACCUGCUGAGUGACAGACAGUCUGAUCUGCUGCCACUGACCGUCUUCACUUCCCCUCCCAGAUUUAUCCUGCCGGUCCGGAAAUUGAACCGACGACCUUCCAGUCACAAGCUCGCAUCUCUAACCUUUAGGGCCACCACUGUCUUGGUGGUCUACUAG